AUGUUAGGUAAUCUUAAAGAGUUUAUUUCUGUUGUGCAAGACGGACUAACGUCGAAUAACAACAUAAGACAAACAUUGCAAGAAGUCCAAAAGGUCACAGGUUUAUUUAAAGACAAACAGAAAGUAGCUCACGAGAGUAAAGUAAAUUACGGCGCUGGAGGUGCUUUAUUAGAGAAAUAUCAAAACGAAUGGGCCAAUUUACAUGAAAAUGCUGAUGAAAAUGCCAGGGCAGCUGACGAAGUCGAUAAAUUAAUCCUAGAUUUACAUGAAAAGACUAAGGCUCGUUUACAAAGUGCCAGCGAACUGGCGUAUAAUCUGACCUUGAUUCCCACUAUGACUGCUUCUGUAGCUCAGUGCAUAGACAGUCUGAAAAAUGUAGAGGAUCUACUAAAGACUGUGGAAGAUGAACUAGUGGAGUUUGAGGAUAUUAUUGAAAGAAGUAAAAUGGAGAGUUGGAAGCUUGAUCAUCAUUAUCAUUUAACAAUGUACAAAGAGAAAAAAAUGGUUGCAUUAGAAGAAGUCCGUAAUAAGUUGACUAAAGAGAACACACAAUUAAACUAUGAGAGAGAGAAAAUCCAACUAGCAGAGUACCAGGCGAAAAGAGAACAGAGUUCAGCAGCAUUCCAGCAAGAUGUUGCCAGGUAUCUGUCUGGUGGCAGCUUACAAAACAGUAAACCUUCAACACCAAAGAUCACAUUGGAACAGAUCCAACUGGAUGCAGAUAGCACCGACUUAGAAAAGUUCCUUGACAGUUGA